AUGAAUGCAAAUCAAAUCAAUACAGUAAUCUUCUACUUGUGUUAUAUUGCGACAACAAUUCACAGCAUUAAGCAGUCGAUUCAAACAAAAUCAUCGUCGGGGGCUUACCAGAAGUGUUCAAUUAGUGAAUUUUCAUGUUUGAAUGGUAAAUGCAUUUCAGCAUCACAGUUUUGUGAUAAUAUCGAUAAUUGCGGUGAUGCAUCAGACGAGCCGAGAUUCUGCACGAAUACGCCUAAUUAA